AUGUCUGUUCUAGGUACAAAGCUCGAGCGUCAAAUUCUUGGGUUAGGAAAUGGACGCCUUCGAGACAUUGGGAUAUCUUCUUCCAAUCUACACAAUUUGGAGAAGGAGUUGGAAGUAGAACGUGCUGCUCAACAAUUAUGUGGUAAAGUUCCUGGCUUCAUUGUACCACCAUUUAUACCAUUACCAAUAGAGAAUAAUAGUAAUGAGAAAGAUGAUACGCCUCCUGGGGUAUAUCUCAGUGUUGCAAAGGAUAAUGGUGAGCUUGCCCCCGAGCAACAAGCCGAGCUUGACCUUGACUCGUCUAAUGACGAGCUCGAGUUGAGCCUGUGGGUUAAAGGGUCGAGCCGACCCAUCCCUAGGUUCACUAAUAUAGUUUGCGGCCAAGUGAACCUUCUGGCUGUACUAAAGAAGGUAGACUUCAUAGAUUUUUUGCCCCCACCAAGGAAGAGAUCCCCUCGUGCUGUUAAACGGAAACCUAAACGGCCAACUAAUUUGAUUGAUGAAUUCCUUGACGAGUCUUCCCAAAUAAGGCACAUAUUUUUUCCUGAUAUGGAAACUGCUGUAGAUCCUACUAAGGAUGCUGGCAACAACAGUUUCUUCUAUUACCCAGGGAGAAUAUGGGUGGACACUGAUGGAAAUCCCAUUCAAGCCCAUGGAGGUGGCAUUUUAUAUGAUAAGAAAUCAAAGACUUACUAUUGGUAUGGCGAGUAUAAAGAUGGUCCCACUUACCAUGCUCACAAAAAGGGAGCCGCACGGGUUGAUAUCAUUGGCGUUGGAUGUUAUUCUUCGAAGGAUUUAUGGAUGUGGAAAAGUGAAGGUAUCGUGCUAGCAGCAGAAGAGAAUAACGAGACUCACGACCUACACAAGUCCAAUGUUCUCGAGAGACCCAAAGUUAUUUACAAUGACAAGACUGGGAAAUACGUAAUGUGGAUGCAUAUUGACGACGUUAACUACACUAAAGCCUCGGUAGGUGUUGCUGUCAGUGAUUACCCAACUGGUCCUUUUGAUUAUCUCUACAGUAAACGGCCACACGGGUUUGAUAGUAGAGACAUGACGAUCUUUAAAGAUGAUGAUGGUGUAGCCUAUCUCAUCUACUCGUCCGAGGAUAACAGUGAGCUUCAUAUUGGUCCGCUUAAUGAAGACUAUCUCGAUGUGGCUAGUGUCGUCAGUAAGGUACUCGUUGGACAACACCGGGAAGCCCCGGCUCUUUUCAAACACCGGGGAACAUAUUACAUGAUCACGUCCGGCUGCACUGGUUGGGCCCCGAAUGAGGCUCUCGCUCAUGCUGCCGAGUCCGUUAUGGGCCCGUGGGAGACCAUGGGAAACCCGUGCAUUGGUGGAAACAAGAUAUUUCGACAAACAACGUUCUUCGCUCAAAGUACAUUCGUGCUUCCUUUGCCCGACCUCCCUGGUUCCUUUAUUUUUAUGGCCGAUCGUUGGAAUCCAGCUGAUCUGAGGGACUCCAGGUAUGUAUGGUUACCUUUAAUCGUAGGAGGAGCCUCAGAUCAGCCUCUGGAGUACAAUUUUGGGUUCCCAUUGUGGUCUAGGGUGUCAAUAUAUUGGCAUAAAAGAUGGAGAGUUCCUUAUAGAUGGAGUGAGUGAGUAUUGAGAAAGGUUUUCAAAGAAGACUUUUUGUACCAUAUAUUUUUGCUCUUUGAUUAUUCUUUCUUCAAUCCUUCUUAGUUUUUAUUGCAGAGUAAUUAGGUGUAUAUAGUUCAUAUCAAAAGAUGUUUUAACUUUUCAA